AUGUCUCCGUACUCGCGCCCUCGCCAGCCGCCGCCAGCGUCGCGGGGCUCCAAGCUCGGUUACUACCGCGCUUCGAUUGCCUGUGUAGGCUGCCGCAGGAGCAAGACGCGAUGUCUCCUCACGACACCGCGGCGGGAACUGCAGCAGGACAGCUGUGUGAGCUGUGUGAGCUGUCGGCGCAAGAAUAAGCCGUGUGUGUUUCUGACCGUGGACAAGAAGCCGCCGGACUGGGUGUGGUCGAAGCCGCAGCGGGGGCAGACUGCUGAAGCAGAGUCGAAGCCUGAGCCGGGGAGCUCAUCCUCCCCUCCCUCCUCACACCAUCAUUGCUCGGUCUCUGUGCCGCCUACAGACUCGGUCACGGCACAAGACUGUAUUCGGAGCGUCACCAGCGUCGGGACGCAGCAAUAUGUCUUCCCGCCGCAACAGCAUGACAGCUUUUCCUGGGAUAUGGAGGAAGAGCAAUUGUUCUGGUUCGAGACGCUAUUCCCUUCGCCGAGUCAUGUUUCCUCCGCAGAGCAGAUCGAUGGGUAUUCGGAUCCGUUGUUCUCUCCCGAUCAAAUGGGUGGUCCUGAGGUCGGCCCUUCAUUACCACAAGAUGCGUCAUCCUGGCUAAGCCUGAACCCGGAGUUUGGAUGGGAUAUCAAUAUCUCACCCAUGGAAUACCCAGACUUGUAUAUUCAAGACCCGCUUCAGCAUGGCCAAUUUCACGCGCCAUUCGACCCGGCUGCUGUGACUCUGGAGACCGCAUAUGAAUUUCAUCAACAUUACUUUCAGUUCUCGGAUCAAUGCACUUGA